GUAUUAUCGUUUUUCGUUCGCUUCUGCCAUAGUUGAGCCUCAAAGGUAGUGUUUAGAGAGCUCUAGAAGUAAGCUAAAGGAUCAUGUGGCAGCUUCCCCUUCCGUCAUGGCCAAUUUAACCCUAGCCUGUAGGGUCGCUCUUUCCACCAAAAUCGGAAUUAUCAGUCAUGAUGAGUACAUCUCAACUCAUUCCCUUUCUUUUGAUUUUAAAGAAUCUGCACAUUUGGAUACUGGUAUUUCUCAAGCCUGCGCAUCGUUACUGUUACAAAUUUAUGAUCAGACAUUGCUCCUUCAUCAAUUUCGGCUACAACAAGAUAACUUGACACACUCGUAUAUUGAUAUUGACUGCGACAUCCUUUCAUGCAUAGCUUCGAUCAAUAACCAAAAGUAUCAUGGCUAUUGGCCGAUUAAUACAGGACCCUCUGGGCUUAACUGCAGAUUUCGUGAACUUUACUAGCACGGCAAGGCUGGGGCUCCUACAGAAUCACCCUUCGGCAACAUCAAUUUCUACAGGCACGACAAGUAAUUUACUUACAUUGCCAGCUAUUAUCACAACCAAAAUUUCAACCUUUCCACCUAUCGAGACAUUGGUAACAUCUUUUCUGUACAAAGGGUCUCCAGAUAGUACAGGCGCGACUGCAAUCACGAGACCCGCCAGUUCCAUCAGCGAGCCAUCUACGAAUGUGCAUUCACAUUUUCCCGAAUUCGGAAACCUCGCAGUAACUCCAUAUCAACUUAUGUAUAUCGUCGCAGCAUGCGUAUGCUUUGUGAUUUUGAUGAGUUUCUGUUGUUGCACUGAUGAUAUCGGACGCUACAUGAAAUCUAAUCGCAACAAUACUGGUGCAACAGUACAAGCUGCUCCCGUCUGGCCUGGAACUAUGCGGUUCAUGGAUGGAGCAAAUGAUACAAGCAGAAGCGACAGAGCUUCAAGAAAUUAUUCUGCUGUUAGCAAUUCCCCUCUUCGACUUGCUAUGCCUCAACCUGUGGCAGGAAGUGAUUCUCCUAGUUCUUCUACCAAACCUCCGAAUUUUACCAAAAUUACUAUCAAAACUUGUGAAGAAGGCCAUGAUUCCAUCAUUAUCGAUGAGAUUGAAUUGCAGCAUCUUUCUUUGAAACCUUCGCAUUGCGACUUUUCUAACAGCAACCCUGCAUUUACUCACGAAUACGUUACAGCAAACCCUCAAGCUAGCGUUCGAAACGGUAGGGUCAGCUUGCGUGGAGGCUCUGGUACAGGGGAUGAUUUCAUUCGUACGGGUGCUAUCACUAGUUUCAAGCAAACAGAGGAGAGAUGGAAGCCAACUUGGUCUGCCACAAAGUUAUUAUUUAGCUCACGGCGCAGAGAGUCAGAAGUUGUUGCAGAACAGACCGUUAUACAUUCCAUGUCAAAUCAUCCUACAACAUCAGAUAUUGUUGACCCACCAUUUCAUAAUAGCGAUCGGACUCACCACAAAUCAUCUACGACAACCUCCAAACGUGCAGCAAGACAGACCAACACAUCUGGGACGACAUUUUCCUUCCCACUUAGUGAUGGGAGUGAUUCUGAAAUUCCACGCUUUCCCACUAUCAACCGCAUCAAACAAAAACUCAAACCACUUGUUCACUCAGUCUCGAAACAAUCUCUAAGGAGAAGAUUUUCAUCUGCGCAUCAUAGCGGAAGCCAGAGCACCGAAGGAGCAGACUCGGAUGAAUUUGCCUAUAGUAACACAGUUAAAAAAGCACUUCGAAGAGCUCGUAGCUCAGCUUCUAUCCCUUUUGGUCUUUUUAAAUUACCUGACCCGGCAAUCGAUGAACCAGAUCCGUCUGAUGCUGGACCUAUAUCAAUGAUGUCUAAUAAUUCCCCAUCUGACGAUUCUGAUACUGCGUCAGAAAAUACUAUGAGAGCUAGAUCUCCAGUGAGCACUUUGCUUGGAGUCAGGACUGAAAGGAGAUCCGGCUCAUCAUCUGGAUAUAAAAGCAAGAGUAUACGUCAGGUGAUAUUGCCAUUAGACAGUAUGGAGUGCGUGCUUGACGAAGCGGAUUUAGCUGAUGCGGAAGCUCUGCAAUUUUCCAACAGCAUAUCCAACGAGAGUGAGAAUGACAAGGAAAAGGAGAUAAAGUUGAUGUGUUUGAAGAGGGCUCUUGCUAGUAAUUGUUUUUGUGUGGAAGAUAAGGAUGAGGAUGAGGUUCACAUCACGGACCCAAAACACGAUGAAACUAAAGACUCAAGAUACGUUACAUGUAGAUCGAAAAAUAGAAGCGAGGAAGAAAAUGAUGGCGGCGUCAUCGAGACAGAACAGGAACAAUCAGAUGCGCCACGUCCUUCGUACAUAAAUUCUACUCAGGUCAUGUAAAUAGACCUCGUAGAGAAGGUCAAACAGCUAUGAUGAAUCAUUUCCAUGCGAGGGGAACAAGGGGCGGCACAGAUAGCACAGAUGGCUCGGGAAAUUUGAUAAGUGAGAAUAGGGAGAGGUUGAAGGGGAGAUUGGCUUUGCUGAU